GUUCGGUAGUUCCUACCGGACUUCCAGAAGAUGGGCACAGGUGGUGGGACGCGAAUAUCACUAUGGAUAUCAAUAGUAGCACUUGCCUUCAUAUACAUCAAAGUUCAAGCCCAGGAUGAUGAACAAAAACCAAAAUCAAACUAUGUUUCUUCACCCAUCCUGCAGAGACAAAAACAAUUUCUACCAGCUUCAAAAUACCAAGAAGUGACAAUGAUCCCAUCCUUUCAAAACAAUCUGAAAUUAAAGGCUGGUAACCCCUCUCACAAUGGCCGUGUGUGCAGCACGUGGGGUAACUUCCACUUCAAGACCUUUGAUGGGGACAUCUUUUACUUCCCUGGGGUCUGCAAUUACAUCUUCACAUCCAACUGCAAAUCUCCUUAUGAGGACUUCAACAUCCAGAUUAGGCGUGCAAUGGUGGGAAAUGCUACCAUGAUUACUCAUGUCAUCAUGAAGCUGGAAGGAACAGUGAUUGAACUGACCCGUGGCUCUGUCCGGCUUGAUGGCAAAUUGGUUCAGAUGCCCUACAGCCAUAUGGGAAUCUUGAUAGAAAGAAGUAACAGCUAUUUGAAAGUUUCUGCGAAGAUGGGACUGACCUUCCUUUGGAAUGAAGAAGAUGCCCUUCUGGUGGAACUAGAUAAGAAAUAUGCCAAUCAAACUUGUGGACUUUGUGGGGACUUCAAUGGAAUUCCAAUUAGCAAUGAAUUUAUUUCAGAUAAUAUAAAACUGACUCCCAUACAGUUUGGGAACAGGCAGAAGAUGGAUGGACCCACAGAGCAGUGUGCUGAUCCUACUUCUCCUGCUGUUCUGCUGAACUGCUCAGCUGAAUUUGCUUCUAUCUGUGAGACAGUAUUAACCAGUAAAGCAUUUACAGCCUGUAAUGCACUUGUGAAUGUUCAGGACUACAUUGAAACUUGUGUACAAGACCUAUGCCACUGCGAUAGCUCUAUGGCUGACUUCUGCAUGUGCAACACCUUUGCUGAAUACUCCCGGCAGUGCGCUCAUGCAGGUGGACAGCCUUUGAACUGGAGAACCUCAGAACUGUGUCCCAAAUCAUGUCCUUUCAACAUGCAACAUCAAGAGUGUGGCUCCCCCUGCUCUGAUACAUGCAGCAACCCGGAACGAUCUGCACUUUGUGAAGAUCACUGUACAGAUGGUUGCAUUUGUCCUCCAGGAAUGGUAUUUGAUGAUAUUAAUGGUGCUGGCUGCAUCCCCCGUAAAGAAUGCCACUGUACUUAUGAAGAUGAAACUUAUGCUCCUGGUGCCUCCUUCUCAUCUAAGUGCAGAUCAUGUACCUGUGUUGGAGGUGAAUGGUCUUGUGUCACCCAGUCAUGCCCUGGGACUUGCAGUAUUGGAGGAGGCUCCCACAUUUCAACAUUUGAUGAGAAACAUUAUUCCUUCUUUGGAGACUGUAGCUAUGUCCUAACCAAGCUCUGUGACAGCAAUGAAUUCACUGUUCUGGGAGAUAUCCACAAAUGUGGCCUGACUGACACUGAGACGUGCCUCAAGGGUGUAGCCAUCAGCUUAAGUGGAGGACAAACUAACAUCGUGAUCCAGUCUUCCGGCAGUGUAUUUGUGAAUAUGAUCUACACACAGCUGCCAUUCUCCGCAGCAAAUGUCACCAUAUUCAGACCAUCAUCUUUCUUCAUCAUUCUGCAAACAACAUUCGGCCUUCAGCUACAGGUUCAGCUCGUGCCUGUCAUGCAACUUUUUAUAGACUUAGACCCGUCGCAUAAAGGGCAGACCUGUGGUCUCUGUGGAAACUUCAAUGACAUGCAGACAGAUGAUUUUAAAACCACCAGCGGUGUAAUAGAAGGUACUUCAGCUGCCUUUGGCAAUACUUGGAAAACUCGGGCUGAUUGUUCUGAUGCCAAAAUUACCUUUGAAAACCCCUGUACAGUCAGCAUACAAAACGACCAGUAUGCUCAGCACUGGUGUGGCCUGCUUUCUGAUCCCAUGGGACCUUUUGCUGAAUGUCACUCAACAGUGAAUCCAGAAAUUUACCAGAAGAACUGCAUGUUCGACACAUGUAACUGCGAGAAGAGUGAAGACUGCAUGUGUGCUGCCCUUUCCACCUAUGUCAGGGCCUGUGCUGCUAAAGGAGUUCUCCUCACUGGAUGGAGGAGCAAAGCCUGCACAAAAUACACAACCUCGUGUCCGAAAUCCUUGAAGUACACUUACCAUGUCGACACCUGCCAACCCACCUGCCGAUCUCUGUGUGAGCCUGAUGUCACAUGCAGCAUCAAGUUUGUCCCAGUUGAUGGCUGCACCUGCACAAAUGGAACCUACAUGGAUGAAAGUGGCAAAUGCGUGCCUGCUUCUAGCUGUCCUUGUUACUACAAAGGGACGCCUAUGUCUUCAGGAGAAGUUAUUCAUGACAAUGGUGUUGUCUGCACUUGCACCUAUGGAAAGCUGAGUUGCAUUGGAGAGAAACCUGAACCAGUCUGUGUACCUCCCAUGGUCUAUAUUGACUGUGGCAAUGCCACUACAGAUGUAGUAGGUGCGGGAUGCCAGAAGAGCUGUCAGACUCUAGAUAUGGAAUGCUACAGAACUGGCUGUGUCUCUGGCUGUGUGUGUCCUAAUAACCAAGUGUUAGAUGGCAAAGGUGGCUGUGUAGCUCCAGAAGACUGUCCAUGUGUUCACAAUGGGAAUUCCUACAGUCCAGGAGAAUCAAUCAGAGUUGGCUGUAACAACUGUACAUGUAGAAACAGAAAAUGGCACUGCUCCGAAGAACCUUGCUUGGAAACCUGUUCCGUUUAUGGAGAUGGGCAUUACACCACCUUUGAUGGCAAACGCUUUGAUUUUGAAGGAGAUUGUGAAUAUGUUCUAAUCCAGAACUACUGUGGUCAACAAAGUAUGAAUCAGGGAACAUUCAGAGUCAUCACUGAGAACAUUCCAUGUGGCACUACAGGAACCACCUGCUCUAAGUCUAUUAAAGUUUUCCUGGGAAACUAUGAGCUUGUGCUCGGUGAUGGACGCUCUGAUGUCAUCCAGAGGACACCUGGAGGAAAAAUGCCAUUCCAAAUCCAUUCCAUGGGCAUCUACCUGGUGGUUGACACUACUGUUGGUGUGAUUCUCAUGUGGGACAGGAAAACCAGUAUAUUCAUCAAACUUAGUCCAACCUUUCAGGGACAUGUUUGUGGACUUUGUGGAAACUAUGAUGGCAAUGGAAACAAUGACUUCACUACACGCAGUCAGUCUGUGGUGGGAAAUGUGCUGGAGUUUGCCAACAGCUGGAAAGUAUCUUCUAGUUGCCCAAAUGCCAAUCGUACCAAGGAUCCAUGCACUGCAAACCCAUACAGAAAAGCCUGGGCACAGAAGCAAUGCAGCAUCAUUACCAGUGAAGUGUUUGCACGCUGCCACUCGCAGGUUGAGCCAAAUGAAUAUUAUCAAGCAUGCGUGGAUGAUGCUUGUGCCUGUGACACUGGAGGAGACUGUGAAUGUUUCUGUACAGCAGUAGCUGCCUAUGCUCAAGCGUGCAAUGAGCUGGACAUCUGCAUUUCAUGGAGAACCCCAUCCAUUUGUCCUCUAUUCUGCGAUUACUACAAUCCACAAGGAGAAUGUGAGUGGCACUACAAGCCAUGUGGAGCCCCUUGUAUGAAGACCUGCAAUAAUCCAAGUGGAAACUGCCUUCAUGAGUUGCGAGGUUUGGAAGGCUGCUAUCCACAUUGUCCAAAGAAUAAGCCCUAUUUUGAUGAAGAAUCCAUGACUUGUGUUCCUAAUUGUGGCUGCUAUGAAAAUGGAAAAAAUUACAAACCAGGAAUGCAGAUGCCUUCACAGCAGAAUUGUCAAUCAUGUGAAUGCACAAAUCAUGGCAAAAAAUGCAAAUAUGAUGAAUAUGAAUGUGUCUGCAUUUAUGAGGAGAGGAAAUACAACUACAAAGAUGUGGUCUACAAUACUACAGAUGGCACAGGAGGAUGUAUUGUCGCAACCUGUGGUCCCAAUGGAACACUUGACAGGGUUGUCUAUGAAUGUCCAAUCUCAACAUCACCCACAACAGCAACAACGUUUCACUUCAGCACUACACCGCCUGCCACUAUUUCCACAGUAUCACCAACUACAUCGGUAUGUGUUCAUGAAGUCUGUGAGUGGUCAGAAUGGUAUGAUGGGAGUCUGCCAACCCCUGGCUACAAUGGUGGAGAUUUUGAAACCUUUAAUGAUUUGAGAGCUAAGGGUUAUGAAGUCUGUAAAGCUCCACGGGCUGUUCAAUGCAGAGCAGAGAAAUUCCCCGAUACACCACUGAAAGACCUUGGCCAAGAAGUAGAAUGCAGUAAAACAGCUGGACUCAUAUGUUACAACAAAGAUCAAAUUUCAACAAUGUGCAACAACUAUGAAAUCAGAAUCCUAUGCUGUCAUUUUGUACCAUGCUCUUCCACAACAUAUUUCAGCACAUCAACACCUACUGCAACUGUAACUAAGAGCACAGAAACAUCAAGUUCAACAGAAGAAACAACAUCAUUUUCAACUUCUACAUCACCACUUACUACAGCUUCCGAAAGUACAACAUUCACAACUUCAGUUACUACAGAAACAACAAGAAGCACCUCUAAAACGACACCUGUCAUCACUUCUCUAUCGACAACUCCUCUUUGCAUUAAAGAAGAAUGUCACUGGUCAAUGUGGUAUGAUGCCUACUACCCAGGGUCUGGAUAUGAUGAUGGAGAUUUUGAUACAAUUCAGAACAUUGAAAAAAAGGGAUACAAAGUCUGUGAAAACCGAAAGGAAGUAGAAUGCAGAGCAGUAAGAUUCCCAAAUACACCUUAUCAACUCCUAGAGCAACACAUCACUUGCAAUACAGAAGAAGGUUUGAAAUGCUACAACAAAGACCAACUACCACCUAUAUGCUAUAAUUACAAAUUAAGAUUUAAAUGCUGUAAAAAUAUAACUGUACCAUGCGGGCCGAUAAUACCAACACAUAAAACUACAGAAAAAAUGAAAACAACUACAAUUUCUACAACAGCCCCAAGUACAGCACCAACAGAAUUAACGACAACACCAAUCAUACACACUAAGCAUAAAAUAUCUACAAUAUCAACAACUACACCAGAAACACAAUACAUUCAUAGAAGAACUACAACACAAAAAACAACACAGAUACAAACAACUUACAGAUCAACAACACAGCCAGCUACUACCGUCACCACCCCGCGAACUUCAACCUCCACCACAGUUGUCACGACCUCCACUUCCACACCCUACUCCUCCACCACCCUGCCCACCUCUUCGGAAACUACAUCGCAAACCACCACCACCACCACUCCCACGCCGACCCCGACCACAUACUCGCCCAGCGUGACCGCCACCACCACCCAAUCCACCAGCACCUGCCAGAAGGAGUGCUCCUGGAGCGAGUGGUUCGACGUCGACUUCCCCUCCUCGGGGCCCAACCAGGGAGACUUUGAGACCUACCAGCACAUCCGCGCCGCCGGGAAGGAAGUCUGCCAGCAUCCCGAGGAAAUCCAGUGCCAGGCGGAGGACUACCCCGAGGUUGACAUCCAACAGCUCGGACAGGUCGUGCAGUGCGACGUCCACUAUGGACUGGUGUGCAAGAACGAAGACCAGACCGGCAAGUUUAAGAUGUGCCUCAACUACAAGAUCCGCGUCAAAUGCUGCAGACCUAACCGCCACUGCCUAACCACCGUCCCCGUGACUCCCUCCAGCCCCACCACCGUCAUCACCUCCAGAAUUCCAACCUCCACCACGGUCGUCACGACCUCCACCUCCACGCCCUACUCCUCCACCACCCUGCCCACCUCUUCGGAAACUACAUCGCAAACCACCACCACCACCACUCCCACGCCGACCCCGACCACAUACUCGCCCAGCGUGACCGCCACCACCACCCAAUCCACCAGCACCUGCCAGAAGGAGUGCUCCUGGAGCGAGUGGUUCGACGUCGACUUCCCCUCCUCGGGGCCCAACCAGGGAGACUUUGAGACCUACCAGCACAUCCGCGCCGCCGGGAAGGAAGUCUGCCAGCAUCCCGAGGAAAUCCAGUGCCAGGCGGAGGACUACCCCGAGGUUGACAUCCAACAGCUCGGGCAGGUCGUGCAGUGCGACGUCCACUAUGGACUGGUGUGCAAGAACGAAGACCAGACCGGCAAGUUUAAGAUGUGCCUCAACUACAAGAUCCGCGUCAAAUGCUGCAGACCUAACCGCCACUGCCUAACCACCGUCCCCGUGACUCCCUCCAGCCCCACCACCGUCAUCACCUCCAGAAUUCCAACCUCCACCACGGUCGUCACGACCUCCACCUCCACGCCCUACUCCUCCACCACCCUGCCCACCUCUUCGGAAACUACAUCGCAAACCACCACCACCACCACUCCCACGCCGACCCCGACCACAUACUCGCCCAGCGUGACCGCCACCACCACCCAAUCCACCAGCACCUGCCAGAAGGAGUGCUCCUGGAGCGAGUGGUUCGACGUCGACUUCCCCUCCUCGGGGCCCAACCAGGGAGACUUUGAGACCUACCAGCACAUCCGCGCCGCCGGGAAGGAAGUCUGCCAGCAUCCCGAGGAAAUCCAGUGCCAGGCGGAGGACUACCCCGAGGUUGACAUCCAACAGCUCGGACAGGUCGUGCAGUGCGACGUCCACUAUGGACUGGUGUGCAAGAACGAAGACCAGACCGGCAAGUUUAAGAUGUGCCUCAACUACAAGAUCCGCGUCAAAUGCUGCAGACCUAACCGCCACUGCCUAACCACCGUCCCCGUGACUCCCUCCAGCCCCACCACCGUCAUCACCUCCAGAAUUCCAACCUCCACCACGGUCGUCACGACCUCCACCUCCACGCCCUACUCCUCCACCACCCUGCCCACCUCUUCGGAAACUACAUCGCAAACCACCACCACCACCACUCCCACGCCGACCCCGACCACAUACUCGCCCAGCGUGACCGCCACCACCACCCAAUCCACCAGCACCUGCCAGAAGGAGUGCUCCUGGAGCGAGUGGUUCGACGUCGACUUCCCCUCCUCGGGGCCCAACCAGGGAGACUUUGAGACCUACCAGCACAUCCGCGCCGCCGGGAAGGAAGUCUGCCAGCAUCCCGAGGAAAUCCAGUGCCAGGCGGAGGACUACCCCGAGGUUGACAUCCAACAGCUCGGGCAGGUCGUGCAGUGCGACGUCCACUAUGGACUGGUGUGCAAGAACGAAGACCAGACCGGCAAGUUUAAGAUGUGCCUCAACUACAAGAUCCGCGUCAAAUGCUGCAGACCUAACCGCCACUGCCUAACCACCGUCCCCGUGACUCCCUCCAGCCCCACCACCGUCAUCACCUCCAGAAUUCCAACCUCCACCACGGUCGUCACGACCUCCACCUCCACGCCCUACUCCUCCACCACCCUGCCCACCUCUUCGGAAACUACAUCGCAAACCACCACCACCACCACUCCCACGCCGACCCCGACCACAUACUCGCCCAGCGUGACCGCCACCACCACCCAAUCCACCAGCACCUGCCAGAAGGAGUGCUCCUGGAGCGAGUGGUUCGACGUCGACUUCCCCUCCUCGGGGCCCAACCAGGGAGACUUUGAGACCUACCAGCACAUCCGCGCCGCCGGGAAGGAAGUCUGCCAGCAUCCCGAGGAAAUCCAGUGCCAGGCGGAGGACUACCCCGAGGUUGACAUCCAACAGCUCGGACAGGUCGUGCAGUGCGACGUCCACUAUGGACUGGUGUGCAAGAACGAAGACCAGACCGGCAAGUUUAAGAUGUGCCUCAACUACAAGAUCCGCGUCAAAUGCUGCAGACCUAACCGCCACUGCCUAACCACCGUCCCCGUGACUCCCUCCAGCCCCACCACCGUCAUCACCUCCAGAAUUCCAACCUCCACCACGGUCGUCACGACCUCCACCUCCACGCCCUACUCCUCCACCACCCUGCCCACCUCUUCGGAAACUACAUCGCAAACCACCACCACCACCACCACCACUCCCACGCCGACCCCAACCACAUACUCGCCCAGCGUGACCGCCACCACCACCCAAUCCACCAGCACCUGCCAGAAGGAGUGCUCCUGGAGCGAGUGGUUCGACGUCGACUUCCCCUCCUCGGGGCCCAACCAGGGAGACUUUGAGACCUACCAGCACAUCCGCGCCGCCGGGAAGGAAGUCUGCCAGCAUCCCGAGGAAAUCCAGUGCCAGGCGGAGGACUACCCCGAGGUUGACAUCCAACAGCUCGGGCAGGUCGUGCAGUGCGACGUCCACUAUGGACUGGUGUGCAAGAACGAAGACCAGACCGGCAAGUUUAAGAUGUGCCUCAACUACAAGAUCCGCGUCAAAUGCUGCAGACCUAACCGCCACUGCCUAACCACCGUCCCCGUGACUCCCUCCAGCCCCACCACCGUCAUCACCUCCAGAAUUCCAACCUCCACCACGGUCGUCACGACCUCCACCUCCACGCCCUACUCCUCCACCACCCUGCCCACCUCUUCGGAAACUACAUCGCAAACCACCACCACCACCACCACCACUCCCACGCCGACCCCGACCACAUACUCGCCCAGCGUGACCGCCACCACCACCCAAUCCACCAGCACCUGCCAGAAGGAGUGCUCCUGGAGCGAGUGGUUCGACGUCGACUUCCCCUCCUCGGGGCCCAACCAGGGAGACUUUGAGACCUACCAGCACAUCCGCGCCGCCGGGAAGGAAGUCUGCCAGCAUCCCGAGGAAAUCCAGUGCCAGGCGGAGGACUACCCCGAGGUUGACAUCCAACAGCUCGGACAGGUCGUGCAGUGCGACGUCCACUAUGGACUGGUGUGCAAGAACGAAGACCAGACCGGCAAGUUUAAGAUGUGCCUCAACUACAAGAUCCGCGUCAAAUGCUGCAGACCUAACCGCCACUGCCUAACCACCGUCCCCGUGACUCCCUCCAGCCCCACCACCGUCAUCACCUCCAGAAUUCCAACCUCCACCACGGUCGUCACGACCUCCACCUCCACGCCCUACUCCUCCACCACCCUGCCCACCUCUUCGGAAACUACAUCGCAAACCACCACCACCACCACCACUCCCACGCCGACCCCGACCACAUACUCGCCCAGCGUGACCGCCACCACCACCCAAUCCACCAGCACCUGCCAGAAGGAGUGCUCCUGGAGCGAGUGGUUCGACGUCGACUUCCCCUCCUCGGGGCCCAACCAGGGAGACUUUGAGACCUACCAGCACAUCCGCGCCGCCGGGAAGGAAGUCUGCCAGCAUCCCGAGGAAAUCCAGUGCCAGGCGGAGGACUACCCCGAGGUUGACAUCCAACAGCUCGGACAGGUCGUGCAGUGCGACGUCCACUAUGGACUGGUGUGCAAGAACGAAGACCAGACCGGCAAGUUUAAGAUGUGCCUCAACUACAAGAUCCGCGUCAAAUGCUGCAGACCUAACCGCCACUGCCUAACCACCGUCCCCGUGACUCCCUCCAGCCCCACCACCGUCAUCACCUCCAGAAUUCCAACCUCCACCACGGUCGUCACGACCUCCACCUCCACGCCCUACUCCUCCACCACCCUGCCCACCUCUUCGGAAACUACAUCGCAAACCACCACCACCACCACCACCACUCCCACGCCGACCCCGACCACAUACUCGCCCAGCGUGACCGCCACCACCACCCAAUCCACCAGCACCUGCCAGAAGGAGUGCUCCUGGAGCGAGUGGUUCGACGUCGACUUCCCCUCCUCGGGGCCCAACCAGGGAGACUUUGAGACCUACCAGCACAUCCGCGCCGCCGGGAAGGAAGUCUGCCAGCAUCCCGAGGAAAUCCAGUGCCAGGCGGAGGACUACCCCGAGGUUGACAUCCAACAGCUCGGACAGGUCGUGCAGUGCGACGUCCACUAUGGACUGGUGUGCAAGAACGAAGACCAGACCGGCAAGUUUAAGAUGUGCCUCAACUACAAGAUCCGCGUCAAAUGCUGCAGACCUAACCGCCACUGCCUAACCACCGUCCCCGUGACUCCCUCCAGCCCCACCACCGUCAUCACCUCCAGAAUUCCAACCUCCACCACGGUCGUCACGACCUCCACCUCCACGCCCUACUCCUCCACCACCCUGCCCACCUCUUCGGAAACUACAUCGCAAACCACCACCACCACCACCACCACUCCCACGCCGACCCCAACCACAUACUCGCCCAGCGUGACCGCCACCACCACCCAAUCCACCAGCACCUGCCAGAAGGAGUGCUCCUGGAGCGAGUGGUUCGACGUCGACUUCCCCUCCUCGGGGCCCAACCAGGGAGACUUUGAGACCUACCAGCACAUCCGCGCCGCCGGGAAGGAAGUCUGCCAGCAUCCCGAGGAAAUCCAGUGCCAGGCGGAGGACUACCCCGAGGUUGACAUCCAACAGCUCGGACAGGUCGUGCAGUGCGACGUCCACUAUGGACUGGUGUGCAAGAACGAAGACCAGACCGGCAAGUUUAAGAUGUGCCUCAACUACAAGAUCCGCGUCAAAUGCUGCAGACCUAACCGCCACUGCCUAACCACCGUCCCCGUGACUCCCUCCAGCCCCACCACCGUCAUCACCUCCAGAAUUCCAACCUCCACCACGGUCGUCACGACCUCCACCUCCACGCCCUACUCCUCCACCACCCUGCCCACCUCUUCGGAAACUACAUCGCAAACCACCACCACCACCACCACCACUCCCACGCCGACCCCGACCACAUACUCGCCCAGCGUGACCGCCACCACCACCCAAUCCACCAGCACCUGCCAGAAGGAGUGCUCCUGGAGCGAGUGGUUCGACGUCGACUUCCCCUCCUCGGGGCCCAACCAGGGAGACUUUGAGACCUACCAGCACAUCCGCGCCGCCGGGAAGGAAGUCUGCCAGCAUCCCGAGGAAAUCCAGUGCCAGGCGGAGGACUACCCCGAGGUUGACAUCCAACAGCUCGGACAGGUCGUGCAGUGCGACGUCCACUAUGGACUGGUGUGCAAGAACGAAGACCAGACCGGCAAGUUUAAGAUGUGCCUCAACUACAAGAUCCGCGUCAAAUGCUGCAGACCUAACCGCCACUGCCUAACCACCGUCCCCGUGACUCCCUCCAGCCCCACCACCGUCAUCACCUCCAGAAUUCCAACCUCCACCACGGUCGUCACGACCUCCACCUCCACGCCCUACUCCUCCACCACCCUGCCCACCUCUUCGGAAACUACAUCGCAAACCACCACCACCACCACCACCACUCCCACGCCGACCCCGACCACAUACUCGCCCAGCGUGACCGCCACCACCACCCAAUCCACCAGCACCUGCCAGAAGGAGUGCUCCUGGAGCGAGUGGUUCGACGUCGACUUCCCCUCCUCGGGGCCCAACCAGGGAGACUUUGAGACCUACCAGCACAUCCGCGCCGCCGGGAAGGAAGUCUGCCAGCAUCCCGAGGAAAUCCAGUGCCAGGCGGAGGACUACCCCGAGGUUGACAUCCAACAGCUCGGACAGGUCGUGCAGUGCGACGUCCACUAUGGACUGGUGUGCAAGAACGAAGACCAGACCGGCAAGUUUAAGAUGUGCCUCAACUACAAGAUCCGCGUCAAAUGCUGCAGACCUAACCGCCACUGCCUAACCACCGUCCCCGUGACUCCCUCCAGCCCCACCACCGUCAUCACCUCCAGAAUUCCAACCUCCACCACGGUCGUCACGACCUCCACCUCCACGCCCUACUCCUCCACCACCCUGCCCACCUCUUCGGAAACUACAUCGCAAACCACCACCACCACCACCACCACUCCCACGCCGACCCCGACCACAUACUCGCCCAGCGUGACCGCCACCACCACCCAAUCCACCAGCACCUGCCAGAAGGAGUGCUCCUGGAGCGAGUGGUUCGACGUCGACUUCCCCUCCUCGGGGCCCAACCAGGGAGACUUUGAGACCUACCAGCACAUCCGCGCCGCCGGGAAGGAAGUCUGCCAGCAUCCCGAGGAAAUCCAGUGCCAGGCGGAGGACUACCCCGAGGUUGACAUCCAACAGCUCGGACAGGUCGUGCAGUGCGACGUCCACUAUGGACUGGUGUGCAAGAACGAAGACCAGACCGGCAAGUUUAAGAUGUGCCUCAACUACAAGAUCCGCGUCAAAUGCUGCAGACCUAACCGCCACUGCCUAACCACCGUCCCCGUGACUCCCUCCAGCCCCACCACCGUCAUCACCUCCAGAAUUCCAACCUCCACCACGGUCGUCACGACCUCCACCUCCACGCCCUACUCCUCCACCACCCUGCCCACCUCUUCGGAAACUACAUCGCAAACCACCACCACCACCACCACUCCCACGCCGACCCCGACCACAUACUCGCCCAGCGUGACCGCCACCACCACCCAAUCCACCAGCACCUGCCAGAAGGAGUGCUCCUGGAGCGAGUGGUUCGACGUCGACUUCCCCUCCUCGGGGCCCAACCAGGGAGACUUUGAGACCUACCAGCACAUCCGCGCCGCCGGGAAGGAAGUCUGCCAGCAUCCCGAGGAAAUCCAGUGCCAGGCGGAGGACUACCCCGAGGUUGACAUCCAACAGCUCGGACAGGUCGUGCAGUGCGACGUCCACUAUGGACUGGUGUGCAAGAACGAAGACCAGACCGGCAAGUUUAAGAUGUGCCUCAACUACAAGAUCCGCGUCAAAUGCUGCAGACCUAACCGCCACUGCCUAACCACCGUCCCCGUGACUCCCUCCAGCCCCACCACCGUCAUCACCUCCAGAAUUCCAACCUCCACCACGGUCGUCACGACCUCCACCUCCACGCCCUACUCCUCCACCACCCUGCCCACCUCUUCGGAAACUACAUCGCAAACCACCACCACCACCACCACCACUCCCACGCCGACCCCAACCACAUACUCGCCCAGCGUGACCGCCACCACCACCCAAUCCACCAGCACCUGCCAGAAGGAGUGCUCCUGGAGCGAGUGGUUCGACGUCGACUUCCCCUCCUCGGGGCCCAACCAGGGAGACUUUGAGACCUACCAGCACAUCCGCGCCGCCGGGAAGGAAGUCUGCCAGCAUCCCGAGGAAAUCCAGUGCCAGGCGGAGGACUACCCCGAGGUUGACAUCCAACAGCUCGGACAGGUCGUGCAGUGCGACGUCCACUAUGGACUGGUGUGCAAGAACGAAGACCAGACCGGCAAGUUUAAGAUGUGCCUCAACUACAAGAUCCGCGUCAAAUGCUGCAGACCUAACCGCCACUGCCUAACCACCGUCCCCGUGACUCCCUCCAGCCCCACCACCGUCAUCACCUCCAGAAUUCCAACCUCCACCACGGUCGUCACGACCUCCACCUCCACGCCCUACUCCUCCACCACCCUGCCCACCUCUUCGGAAACUACAUCGCAAACCACCACCACCACCACCACCACUCCCACGCCGACCCCGACCACAUACUCGCCCAGCGUGACCGCCACCACCACCCAAUCCACCAGCACCUGCCAGAAGGAGUGCUCCUGGAGCGAGUGGUUCGACGUCGACUUCCCCUCCUCGGGGCCCAACCAGGGAGACUUUGAGACCUACCAGCACAUCCGCGCCGCCGGGAAGGAAGUCUGCCAGCAUCCCGAGGAAAUCCAGUGCCAGGCGGAGGACUACCCCGAGGUUGACAUCCAACAGCUCGGACAGGUCGUGCAGUGCGACGUCCACUAUGGACUGGUGUGCAAGAACGAAGACCAGACCGGCAAGUUUAAGAUGUGCCUCAACUACAAGAUCCGCGUCAAAUGCUGCAGACCUAACCGCCACUGCCUAACCACCGUCCCCGUGACUCCCUCCAGCCCCACCACCGUCAUCACCUCCAGAAUUCCAACCUCCACCACGGUCGUCACGACCUCCACCUCCACGCCCUACUCCUCCACCACCCUGCCCACCUCUUCGGAAACUACAUCGCAAACCACCACCACCACCACCACCACUCCCACGCCGACCCCGACCACAUACUCGCCCAGCGUGACCGCCACCACCACCCAAUCCACCAGCACCUGCCAGAAGGAGUGCUCCUGGAGCGAGUGGUUCGACGUCGACUUCCCCUCCUCGGGGCCCAACCAGGGAGACUUUGAGACCUACCAGCACAUCCGCGCCGCCGGGAAGGAAGUCUGCCAGCAUCCCGAGGAAAUCCAGUGCCAGGCGGAGGACUACCCCGAGGUUGACAUCCAACAGCUCGGACAGGUCGUGCAGUGCGACGUCCACUAUGGACUGGUGUGCAAGAACGAAGACCAGACCGGCAAGUUUAAGAUGUGCCUCAACUACAAGAUCCGCGUCAAAUGCUGCAGACCUAACCGCCACUGCCUAACCACCGUCCCCGUGACUCCCUCCAGCCCCACCACCGUCAUCACCUCCAGAAUUCCAACCUCCACCACGGUCGUCACGACCUCCACCUCCACGCCCUACUCCUCCACCACCCUGCCCACCUCUUCGGAAACUACAUCGCAAACCACCACCACCACCACCACCACUCCCACGCCGACCCCGACCACAUACUCGCCCAGCGUGACCGCCACCACCACCCAAUCCACCAGCACCUGCCAGAAGGAGUGCUCCUGGAGCGAGUGGUUCGACGUCGACUUCCCCUCCUCGGGGCCCAACCAGGGAGACUUUGAGACCUACCAGCACAUCCGCGCCGCCGGGAAGGAAGUCUGCCAGCAUCCCGAGGAAAUCCAGUGCCAGGCGGAGGACUACCCCGAGGUUGACAUCCAACAGCUCGGACAGGUCGUGCAGUGCGACGUCCACUAUGGACUGGUGUGCAAGAACGAAGACCAGACCGGCAAGUUUAAGAUGUGCCUCAACUACAAGAUCCGCGUCAAAUGCUGCAGACCUAACCGCCACUGCCUAACCACCGUCCCCGUGACUCCCUCCAGCCCCACCACCGUCAUCACCUCCAGAAUUCCAACCUCCACCACGGUCGUCACGACCUCCACCUCCACGCCCUACUCCUCCACCACCCUGCCCACCUCUUCGGAAACUACAUCGCAAACCACCACCACCACCACCACCACUCCCACGCCGACCCCGACCACAUACUCGCCCAGCGUGACCGCCACCACCACCCAAUCCACCAGCACCUGCCAGAAGGAGUGCUCCUGGAGCGAGUGGUUCGACGUCGACUUCCCCUCCUCGGGGCCCAACCAGGGAGACUUUGAGACCUACCAGCACAUCCGCGCCGCCGGGAAGGAAGUCUGCCAGCAUCCCGAGGAAAUCCAGUGCCAGGCGGAGGACUACCCCGAGGUUGACAUCCAACAGCUCGGACAGGUCGUGCAGUGCGACGUCCACUAUGGACUGGUGUGCAAGAACGAAGACCAGACCGGCAAGUUUAAGAUGUGCCUCAACUACAAGAUCCGCGUCAAAUGCUGCAGACCUAACCGCCACUGCCUAACCACCGUCCCCGUGACUCCCUCCAGCCCCACCACCGUCAUCACCUCCAGAAUUCCAACCUCCACCACGGUCGUCACGACCUCCACCUCCACGCCCUACUCCUCCACCACCCUGCCCACCUCUUCGGAAACUACAUCGCAAACCACCACCACCACCACCACCACUCCCACGCCGACCCCGACGACAUACUCGCCCAGCGUGACCGCCACCACCACCCAAUCCACCAGCACCUGCCAGAAGGAGUGCUCCUGGAGCGAGUGGUUCGACGUCGACUUCCCCUCCUCGGGGCCCAACCAGGGAGACUUUGAGACCUACCAGCACAUCCGCGCCGCCGGGAAGGAAGUCUGCCAGCAUCCCGAGGAAAUCCAGUGCCAGGCGGAGGACUACCCCGAGGUUGACAUCCAACAGCUCGGACAGGUCGUGCAGUGCGACGUCCACUAUGGACUGGUGUGCAAGAACGAAGACCAGACCGGCAAGUUUAAGAUGUGCCUCAACUACAAGAUCCGCGUCAAAUGCUGCAGACCUAACCGCCACUGCCUAACCACCGUCCCCGUGACUCCCUCCAGCCCCACCACCGUCAUCACCUCCAGAAUUCCAACCUCCACCACGGUCGUCACGACCUCCACCUCCACGCCCUACUCCUCCACCACCCUGCCCACCUCUUCGGAAACUACAUCGCAAACCACCACCACCACCACCACUCCCACGCCGACCCCGACCACAUACUCGCCCAGCGUGACCGCCACCACCACCCAAUCCACCAGCACCUGCCAGAAGGAGUGCUCCUGGAGCGAGUGGUUCGACGUCGACUUCCCCUCCUCGGGGCCCAACCAGGGAGACUUUGAGACCUACCAGCACAUCCGCGCCGCCGGGAAGGAAGUCUGCCAGCAUCCCGAGGAAAUCCAGUGCCAGGCGGAGGACUACCCCGAGGUUGACAUCCAACAGCUCGGACAGGUCGUGCAGUGCGACGUCCACUAUGGACUGGUGUGCAAGAACGAAGACCAGACCGGCAAGUUUAAGAUGUGCCUCAACUACAAGAUCCGCGUCAAAUGCUGCAGACCUAACCGCCACUGCCUAACCACCGUCCCCGUGACUCCCUCCAGCCCCACCACCGUCAUCACCUCCAGAAUUCCAACCUCCACCACGGUCGUCACGACCUCCACCUCCACGCCCUACUCCUCCACCACCCUGCCCACCUCUUCGGAAACUACAUCGCAAACCACCACCACCACCACCACCACUCCCACGCCGACCCCAACCACAUACUCGCCCAGCGUGACCGCCACCACCACCCAAUCCACCAGCACCUGCCAGAAGGAGUGCUCCUGGAGCGAGUGGUUCGACGUCGACUUCCCCUCCUCGGGGCCCAACCAGGGAGACUUUGAGACCUACCAGCACAUCCGCGCCGCCGGGAAGGAAGUCUGCCAGCAUCCCGAGGAAAUCCAGUGCCAGGCGGAGGACUACCCCGAGGUUGACAUCCAACAGCUCGGACAGGUCGUGCAGUGCGACGUCCACUAUGGACUGGUGUGCAAGAACGAAGACCAGACCGGCAAGUUUAAGAUGUGCCUCAACUACAAGAUCCGCGUCAAAUGCUGCAGACCUAACCGCCACUGCCUAACCACCGUCCCCGUGACUCCCUCCAGCCCCACCACCGUCAUCACCUCCAGAAUUCCAACCUCCACCACGGUCGUCACGACCUCCACCUCCACGCCCUACUCCUCCACCACCCUGCCCACCUCUUCGGAAACUACAUCGCAAACCACCACCACCACCACCACCACUCCCACGCCGACCCCGACCACAUACUCGCCCAGCGUGACCGCCACCACCACCCAAUCCACCAGCACCUGCCAGAAGGAGUGCUCCUGGAGCGAGUGGUUCGAUGUCGACUUCCCCUCCUCGGGGCCCAACCAGGGAGACUUUGAGACCUACCAGCACAUCCGCGCCGCCGGGAAGGAAGUCUGCCAGCAUCCCGAGGAAAUCCAGUGCCAGGCGGAGGACUACCCCGAGGUUGACAUCCAACAGCUCGGACAGGUCGUGCAGUGCGACGUCCACUAUGGACUGGUGUGCAAGAACGAAGACCAGACCGGCAAGUUUAAGAUGUGCCUCAACUACAAGAUCCGCGUCAAAUGCUGCAGACCUAACCGCCACUGCCUAACCACCGUCCCCGUGACUCCCUCCAGCCCCACCACCGUCAUCACCUCCAGAAUUCCAACCUCCACCACGGUCGUCACGACCUCCACCUCCACGCCCUACUCCUCCACCACCCUGCCCACCUCUUCGGAAACUACAUCGCAAACCACCACCACCACCACCACCACUCCCACGCCGACCCCGACCACAUACUCGCCCAGCGUGACCGCCACCACCACCCAAUCCACCAGCACCUGCCAGAAGGAGUGCUCCUGGAGCGAGUGGUUCGACGUCGACUUCCCCUCCUCGGGGCCCAACCAGGGAGACUUUGAGACCUACCAGCACAUCCGCGCCGCCGGGAAGGAAGUCUGCCAGCAUCCCGAGGAAAUCCAGUGCCAGGCGGAGGACUACCCCGAGGUUGACAUCCAACAGCUCGGACAGGUCGUGCAGUGCGACGUCCACUAUGGACUGGUGUGCAAGAACGAAGACCAGACCGGCAAGUUUAAGAUGUGCCUCAACUACAAGAUCCGCGUCAAAUGCUGCAGACCUAACCGCCACUGCCUAACCACCGUCCCCGUGACUCCCUCCAGCCCCACCACCGUCAUCACCUCCAGAAUUCCAACCUCCACCACGGUCGUCACGACCUCCACCUCCACGCCCUACUCCUCCACCACCCUGCCCACCUCUUCGGAAACUACAUCGCAAACCACCACCACCACCACUCCCACGCCGACCCCGACCACAUACUCGCCCAGCGUGACCGCCACCACCACCCACUCCACCAGCACCUGCCAGAAGGAGUGCUCCUGGAGCGAGUGGUUCGACGUCGACUUCCCCUCCUCGGGGCCCAACCAGGGAGACUUUGAGACCUACCAGCACAUCCGCGCCGCCGGGAAGGAAGUCUGCCAGCAUCCCGAGGAAAUCCAGUGCCAGGCGGAGGACUACCCCGAGGUUGACAUCCAACAGCUCGGACAGGUCGUGCAGUGCGACGUCCACUAUGGACUGGUGUGCAAGAACGAAGACCAGACCGGCAAGUUUAAGAUGUGCCUCAACUACAAGAUCCGCGUCAAAUGCUGCAGACCUAACCGCCACUGCCUAACCACCGUCCCCGUGACUCCCUCCAGCCCCACCACCGUCAUCACCUCCAGAAUUCCAACCUCCACCACGGUCGUCACGACCUCCACCUCCACGCCCUACUCCUCCACCACCCUGCCCACCUCUUCGGAAACUACAUCGCAAACCACCACCACCACCACCACCACUCCCACGCCGACCCCGACCACAUACUCGCCCAGCGUGACCGCCACCACCACCCAAUCCACCAGCACCUGCCAGAAGGAGUGCUCCUGGAGCGAGUGGUUCGACGUCGACUUCCCCUCCUCGGGGCCCAACCAGGGAGACUUUGAGACCUACCAGCACAUCCGCGCCGCCGGGAAGGAAGUCUGCCAGCAUCCCGAGGAAAUCCAGUGCCAGGCGGAGGACUACCCCGAGGUUGACAUCCAACAGCUCGGACAGGUCGUGCAGUGCGACGUCCACUAUGGACUGGUGUGCAAGAACGAAGACCAGACCGGCAAGUUUAAGAUGUGCCUCAACUACAAGAUCCGCGUCAAAUGCUGCAGACCUAACCGCCACUGCCUACCACCGUCCCCGUUGACUCCCUCCAGCCCCACCACCGUCAUCACCUCCAGAAUUCCAACCUCCACCACGGUCGUCACGACCUCCACCUCCACGCCCUACUCCUCCACCACCCUGCCCACCUCUUCGGAAACUACAUCGCAAACCACCACCACCACCACUCCCACGCCGACCCCGACCACAUACUCGUCCAGCGUGACCGCCACCACCACCCACUCCACCAGCACCUGCCAGAAGGAGUGCUCCUGGAGCGAGUGGUUCGACGUCGACUUCCCCUCCUCGGGGCCCAACCAGGGAGACUUUGAGACCUACCAGCACAUCCGCGCCGCCGGGAAGGAAGUCUGCCAGCAUCCCGAGGAAAUCCAGUGCCAGGCAGAGGACUACCCCGAGGUUGACAUCCAACAGCUCGGACAGGUCGUGCAGUGCGACGUCCACUAUGGACUGGUGUGCAAGAACGAAGACCAGACCGGCAAGUUUAAGAUGUGCCUCAACUACAAGAUCCGCGUCAAAUGCUGCAGACCUAACCGCCACUGCCUAACCACCGUCCCCGUGACUCCCUCCAGCCCCACCACCGUCAUCACCUCCAGAAUUCCAACCUCCACCACGGUCGUCACGACCUCCACCUCCACGCCCUACUCCUCCACCACCCUGCCCACCUCUUCGGAAACUACAUCGCAAACCACCACCACCACCACCACCACUCCCACGCCGACCCCGACCACAUACUCGCCCAGCGUGACCGCCACCACCACCCAAUCCACCAGCACCUGCCAGAAGGAGUGCUCCUGGAGCGAGUGGUUCGACGUCGACUUCCCCUCCUCGGGGCCCAACCAGGGAGACUUUGAGACCUACCAGCACAUCCGCGCCGCCGGGAAGGAAGUCUGCCAGCAUCCCGAGGAAAUCCAGUGCCAGGCGGAGGACUACCCCGAGGUUGACAUCCAACAGCUCGGACAGGUCGUGCAGUGCGACGUCCACUAUGGACUGGUGUGCAAGAACGAAGACCAGACCGGCAAGUUUAAGAUGUGCCUCAACUACAAGAUCCGCGUCAAAUGCUGCAGACCUAACCGCCACUGCCUAACCACCGUCCCCGUGACUCCCUCCAGCCCGACCAGUAUUAGUUCAACAGCCGUGAUUUAUAGCACCAGUUCUUCUUCUACUCCUAUAUCUACACCCUGUUUCUGUAAAAUUGGGGAUCGUGUUUUCUCACCUGGUGAUUUGAUUUACAGCAGAACGGAUAGUGAGGGAUGCAGAUUUUAUGCAGUCUGUAGUUCAACGUGUAGAGUUGAUCGAUACACGGGAAAUUGUAAUGUUACUACUCCUCUAACAACUACUUCAUCUGAACAGUCUACUAUAACAACACCAAUUCCUCUGACUACCACCUCUCCAACAGUUCCUUUUCACGGCUGUGUUUCUUCUACUUACCCUCCCCUACAGCCCGGACAAAGCCACAAAUUAUCCAACUGUACAGAAGUCAUCUGUAAGGGAAACAACAAAGUAGAUGUGGUUCCGACGCAAUGUCCGCCUGUAAAGGAAAUUACCUGUGCCAAUAAAUAUCCAGCAAUAUUGGUACCGGAUGAAAAUGGCUGCUGUUACCGAUAUGAAUGUCAAUGUGUGUGCAGUGGAUGGGGUGAUCCUCAUUAUAUUACUUUUGAUGGAACUUACUAUACUUUCCUUGAAAACUGCACUUACGUCCUGGUGAAACAGAUCACACCUAAAUAUGACAACUUCCGUGUUUACAUUGACAAUUAUUACUGCAAUUCAGAAGAUGGACUUUCCUGCCCUAAAUCCAUUAUUAUUUACUACAAAUCUGCAAAAGUGGUGCUGACUCGUAAACUCAUGAACCAUGUGAUGACCAAUGUGAUGUACUUCAACCAAAAGAUUGUGAAACCAGGCUUCACAAAAGAUGGCAUUUAUUUCUCCACACUUGGCAUCAAUAUGAUUGUUGAAAUACCAGAGAUUGGUGCAACUAUCACCUUUAGUGGGCUGAUUUUCUCCGUGAAACUUCCAUACAGCAAAUUUGGCAACAACACCGAAGGACAGUGUGGAACGUGUACGAAUAACAAAGCAGAUGAAUGUCGCUUACCAAGUGGUAAGAUAAUUUCCUCCUGUCCCCAAAUGGCUCAUCACUGGAUUGUUGAUACCAACAAGACAUGCCAUGGAGUACCAAUACCACCAAUUGUAACCACACCUCCACCAAAGCCUCAAUGUGAAACACCUCCUCUCUGCAAGCUUAUCUGGAGCAAGAUUUUUGCAGAAUGCCAUGAUGUGAUACCACCAGAACCAUUUUUCAAAGGCUGCGUUUUUGAUGGAUGUCGUAUGGCUGAUGAAUCCAUGCAGUGUUCCAGCUUGGAGAUAUAUGCCACAGAAUGUGCUGCUAGAGGUGUCUGUAUUGACUGGAGACAAAAGACCAACAAUAAAUGCCCAUACAACUGUCCCGCAAGCCUGGUAUACAAGCCAUGUGGACCCAUUAAUCCUUCUACCUGUGACCAGAGCUCUGUUGAGCAUCCUGGCUAUGGAGUAACUGAAGGAUGCUUCUGUCCUGAAGGAAAGCUCAUAAGUAAAGACAGUGACAUCUGUGUCCCUGAAUGCAUUUGUAGGGAACCAAAUGGAAUAUCCAGAAGGCCAGGAGAAAUAUGGACAACAGAUUGCCAGGAAUGUGUCUGUGACAAAAAUACUCUUAAAGUGCACUGCACAAAACACAAAUGUCCUCCGACACAGCAAGUAUUUUGUGAUAAACCAGGUUACAUGCCUGUUCAAACACAGAUACCAGGAGAUCCAUGCUGUACCAGGACUGAAUGUUAUUGCAACACCAGCCUCUGCUCUGAGUUCACACCUCAGUGCUUAGAGGGACAGGAAGUAGUCACAACAAUGCAGCCUGGAAAAUGCUGUCCUACCUUUGAAUGCAGACAUGGCUGUGUAGUCAAUGAAACCUACUAUGCACCUGGAGCUGUCAUUCCAUCAGGCCCCUGUGAAGAAUGCGCCUGUUCUGUAUCCUCUUACUCAAAUCCUCACCACACUACUGUCAAGUGCAAGCCUGUGGUCUGUGACACAUACUGCCCAGAAGGUUAUAAGUAUACAAAGCAACCUGGACAAUGCUGUGGCACAUGCAAGGCAGUGGCUUGCAUAGUAACUGUGAGAGACAACAUCACACGCGUGCUCCAAGUUGGAGAAUUCUGGAACCCACCUGGUGAUAACUGUACAACUUACAGAUGUGAAAAAUACGACAACCAGUUCAUUCCAGUCAUCUCACAGAAAAGCUGUCCUCCCUUUUAUCCUGAUGACUGUGAUCCAGAGGACAUCACGCUAUCUGAUGAUGGCUGCUGUAAGGCAUGCCCAGAUAUACCAAUGAAUUGUAGGAAGCACAAUAAUAAGACCAUCAUAACACAAAAUGGAUGUGUUUCUCCUGCACCUGUUGAGAUGACAUACUGUAAAGGCAACUGUGAUACUUUCUCACGAUAUUCUUCAGAAGCCAACAUGAUGCAACGUCAAUGUUCAUGUUGUAAGGAAACCAAGACCAGCCUACGAAAGGUGACUCUGACAUGCAGUGAUGGAACCAAUCUUGAUUAUUCAUACAUCUAUGUGGAGAAAUGCAGCUGUGGGGUAACUGAAUGCAUUCCUGAAGUCAUCACUCAACAGCAAACAAACCAGAUAAAGGCCUCUAGGGAACAAGUGAAUGUCUGAAAUUAGAACUAGACAGCAGAAGUCAAGCAAGGCUUGAAUAUACAACAGAAAAAAAACUUUCAAAAAUACUUAAGUGUCAAAAGAACUUAAAAUUUUCUCCACACAAACUCAAUAUGCCUGUCUACGUUACUUCAUUUUUUAUUAUUAAUGUAUUUCCCAUUGUUUUUCAUGUAUUUUACAUGCUGAGAGGUAUACUUUAAGAUAAUUUUGACAUUUUCUGUCAGUUUGUUUGUCUUCUGAGAGGUACUGUACCAUAAGACUGAGAGUUGGAUUUGCGCUUGUACAAAGACUAUUAUAAGAACAACAUUCUUUUCUGUCUUGAAGCCUGCCUGUGUGCCUAUGGCAGCAUAAUAUAGAUGCUUGACGAUAUGAUAUUUCCAUUGACGCAGGCCAGCCUUUUUCAUAACAUUUGCAUUCCAGCUCAUUGAGACAAAUCAGAAGCUAAAGUCCAGAAAACAAACAAACAAACAAAAUUGAGGGAAAACUGUACCUUUCUUUUUCUUUAUAUUUCUUUUUGCAUUAACGAAAACGUAGACUGCAGAAAGCUAUGCCUUCUCAAAUCUAUAAGCUUCAAUACCUUGAACAACUUAGGAUGGGCAUAUUUCCCUAUAUAUUCUUGUGAGAAAAAGAAAGAAAUCCAAUUACAAGAAGCUGCUGCACACCACUAUCUGUUUACAUAACAUCAUCAGCAUAGUAACUGUGUGAAAAUAUGACAUUUUUUUGUUUGUGGUAACUGUUUACAGAAGAAGUAUAUAUAUAUAUAUAUAUAUAUAAAAUUUGCUAGCAGGGGCAUAUGAAGGAUUUUUGUAAACAAAACUUAAUAGUAAUGUAAAUUCUUUCCUAGGAAGCUUUUAAAAGUUGAACCAUUGCUAUUUAUUUUGUUUUUGGAAAACUGAUUUAUUGGGUCACUUCUUUCGGAAAUAAUAUUACCCCUUUUCUUAGUCUUAGUAGUGUUAUCUGGGUGUGGUAUAUUUUCUUUUUCUGUUUUGUUUUGGAUUAUUGUUUUCUUUC